CCCCGGGCGAACUCCACUGCCGCACAAUCAAUUACAACAUUUUGAAGUCUGAACGACAAGAUGUUCUCGUCUCAACGGAUCUGUCCACUCGAGCAGAGCCUGAAGCUCUGCUGCCUGAUGGGGCUACUGGUGGUAGUGCUCAGUCUCCUCAGUCCCGCCGAUGCACGCUACACCCGGCGACCCAGGCGCACAACGACGGCCCGUACGCCACGUCCCACAACGCAGGUGCCGGACCGACUGCACCACUGGCCACCGCUGGUGGCUCCACCUCAGACACCUCCAGUUCCGCCCGCCCAAAUACCCCACCAGACGGGCACAACAGAGGCAAUGCCUCGACUGGUGGACAGCUUCGACCAGCGCUCAGUGGAUGGACAAUACGAGUUCAGAUACCAAUUGGAUAAUGGAAACACUCGCUACGAACGGGCCUACUGGCUGCCCGUGGGCAAGGACUUGGUGCUGGCCCGGAAGGGCUACUACUCGUUCCCGCUGCCGAACCAGCAGUUCUCCACCGUCUUCUACCGGGCCGAUCAUCUGGGCUAUCAUGUGGAUUUGAACACAUUAUCCGGGAAGCAGCCGUUGUUGCCACGCAACCUUGAAGUGCCGCAGGCGGGGGCACCAGGGGCUGCUACAGCUAAGCUAAAUUCAAUAAGCAUGCCAGAGCGUAACGAGCAGCAGGAGCAGAAGCAGGAGCAGCAGGAGCAGGGCCAGCAGCUGGGGCUGCCUGCAACUGGAGUCAGAGCUGACUCUGGCAAGGACGAGGUGCAGAGUCCAACCGAGCUGGCUCCCAAUGCACUAAACCAAGUCGAAACCGAAACCGAAACCGAGCCAUCAACUGUGGCCAACGACAUUUUGGCAACUGAAGCAGCAGUCGACAGCCAUGAAGCUGAUGAUGAUGAUGAUGAUAAUGCUGAUGAUGAUCAGGAGUUUGAGGUUGUUGGAGGCGACUCGAACUGAAGGCCUUCCACUCCCUACCGUACCAUACCCUACCCCCCGGAGCAGCAGGAGCAGCAGGAGGAUACUGUGACAUAUGGAGGAACAGCCACAGACACACACUCGGGGCUCCACUUUGCUGCAAAAUCAAAUUGAAAACAAUUGUUGCUGUCCCCCCGAGAGACCGGAGAGUCGGACACAGUUGAGUGGGCCUGUCCCUAAGUAUUUCUCCCCUCGAGCGGCACAAGUCAUCCUCAAUGUGUGCGGUGGGUGGAUGAAAUGUGCCUGAAUUUCUCAUCUCUAGCCACAUCUGCAUACAUACAUACAUAC